AGAACGAACGACCAAACGGCAACGCCGGCAUGCCAGAACUCCCUCAUGGUUGGCGAUUGAGGAACAGUGCGGGUGAGGUCGUGGGGCCGCCAGUGGAGGACGACUAUUCGGGCUCAGAUUCUGGCAGCGACGAUCCUGAGGGCUUCAAUAUCCGGCCUGAUUCCGAGGGAUGGAACGAUGUUGAAGAUGAUUCGGAGCCGGUCAGCAUCAAGUGUCUGUUAUGCGACGAUGUGUUUGCCGACGUCAAAGUGACCAUGGAGCAUUGCAAGGCGGCCCAUGAGUUCGACUUUGUGGACAUCCAGAAAGCAAAAAAAUUGGACUUCUACUCUAGCAUCAAAUUGGUCAACUACAUCCGAUCUGAAGUCCUCGCCGGAAAGGCCAAGCCUGAUGUGCAAGAUCCUCUGGCAUGGGCGGACGACAAAUUCUUGCAACCCACUUUGCCUGACGAUGCGCUUCUGUUCAGUCUUGACGAGCUAGAUGAGUCGCCUUUAUCAGACGAGGAAGAAGUUUCAUCCAAAGCCGACUGAGCACCAUACAACCCAUGCCCACGGCAGCUUCCGAGCGUCUUUGCUCGAAGCGUUUGUGUGACGACCUCGAGUGCACCUUCAGACCUCGACUUACACCGUCUGCUUGAUGUGCACAAUCAAGCACGGGCGGAUUUCUAC